UUUCUCUUUGGCAAAGGGUCCUCGUAAUAAUUAGGGAUUUUUUAUCCCCAACAUCAACUGUAAUUGAAUCGUUUCCAUUUCUCUCUGCCCAGUUCCGAGGCUCCGAGUGAAGGCCACACCUUGUUAAUUCUACUCCAUUCUUGAGAAGUUGAUUAUGGCAGAAGAAGGAGAUUCAAAAAAGAGUAAAAUGAAGGAAAUGGAAGGAAUAGCAUCAAUAGCACUGCUGCCAUGUGGGUCCAUCUCUGGUCACUUCAUUCGUCUUCCUCAUUCUACUUGUUAUGGCCUCCAUGGCACUGAACUAGCAUGUGAAAGAGAGUGCAGUAGAGGUGAUGACUAUCGUUUGAUCAAGCUCAAUAUUGUUGAUUUCAGUAAUAAAAAAGAAGUGACUGUGGUUGUGGAGUGCAAAGGACAUGAUGCUGCAAGGUUUAAGAACGUUGAACAGGUUCAUGGCUGGGGGAAACAUAUCACUAAUGAAGUUCAACAGAAGCAAACAAAAAGCAAGAUCAUGGUCUCCUUUGAGUGUGAGGCACUCAAAGCUGAUAAAGCAGCAGAAGAUCACAUCAAGCAAUUUAUGCCGAAAUUGGCUGUUAAUACUGGAAAGAUGACUAUCACGGGUUUUGAUUUCGAUGAAGAAGAAGAUGAUGAAACUGAGGAUGAACUGGAUCUCUGACUUCUCUGCACAUCCAAAGAAUUAUGCUUAUGAACCACUCAGCGGGACCCUUAGUGCUUUCACUUAGAUGCAUCACCAUACUGCAAUGUAAAUAGCUACUUGCCUUUUUUUCAUCAGUUCCCAAACUGCUACGAAUGUCAAAAGGAGAGAAGUUGCUGCUUUUGAUAAUGCUAGUGUAAUUUAACUAUCUUAUGUAAGUGUACUUUAUAAUUGUAUCCGAUCAAACAUACAAAGGUUACUUAUACCAAGUAUUGCUUGGUUUAGUGGUUAGAGCUUGGUGUGGGGGUGGUGUUCCGUUACCAUCUCCCCACAGUCAAGUUGCCCAAGCUUAGUAAUGUAUUGAGCACCUUGGAUAGGGCCUUGGCCCUAGCUUGGUUUCUCUGCA